AUGUCUGACGUCGAAGAAGUCGAAGUUGAGGCUCCAGUCACCUUCAGCAACGUCCUCCCCAAGGAGGUUACCGAUGAGAUCGGUUCCGUCAAGCUGUUCAACAAGUGGACCUACGAGGGUGUCACCGUCAGCGAUCUCUCCCUCGUUGACUAUGUCUACCUCCAGGCCCCAGUCUACACCCCACACUCUGCUGGUCGUUAUGCUACCAAGCGUUUCCGCAAGGCCAAGUGCCCAAUCAUUGAGCGUCUCACCAACUCUCUCAUGAUGAACGGUCGCAACAACGGCAAGAAGCUCAUGGCCGUUCGCAUCGUCAAGCACUCCUUCGAGAUCAUCCACCUCCUCACCGACCUCAACCCCAUCCAGGUUGCUGUCGAUGCCAUUGUCAACUGCGGUCCCCGUGAAGACUCUACCAGAAUCGGUUCUGCCGGUACUGUUAGACGUCAAGCCGUCGAUGUCUCUCCUCUUCGUCGUAUCAACCAGGCCAUCCACCUUUUGACCAUCGGUGCUCGUGAGGCUGCGUUCAGGAACGUCAAGUCCAUCGCUGAGUGCUUGGCUGAAGAGUUGAUCAACGCCGCUAAGGGUUCUUCCAACUCUUAUGCCAUCAAGAAGAAGGACGAGCUCGAGCGUGUCGCCAAGUCCAAUCGGUAA